AUGCUGACCGCGUUCGCCCCGCCAACCCUGCCCGGGCUCCCAGGGCGGCUGCCCGCGGCCCCCGCGCGGCGCCAGGACUCCUCCAGUUCGUCAGGCUCCUACCACACGGCUCCGGGUUCUCCAGAGCCCCCGGACGUUGGGCCGGACGCGGAGGGCAGGGCGAAUUGGCCCACGGUGGCCCCUGUGCUGGGGGAGGGCGCGCAGCCUCGCCUGUCCGUCAGCGCCCAGAAUAGCCGCCAGCAGCUCGGGCCCAGCUCGGGUUUCCCGCGAGGCCCGGCCUCGGGCCCUCGGCCACCCCAGCCCCAGCUGCGCAUGCUGCCGUCGGGGGAGAUGGAAGUCAUCUUCGGCGCCGGGCCCCUGUUCAGCCGUUCUGACGCAGAGGAUAGCGAGGUGCAACAGCUCACGACGCAGGCCUUCCGCAGCCUCUCUCCGCCCGGCUCCGCGUCUCCCAUCCCUGCCGAACCGCAGCCCCAGGGCCCCGACGGUGGCUCCCGCUGGGCCACCUACCUGCAGCUGCGACCCCGCGGGCCGAGUCCUGCCACCCCAGCGCAGUUCGAGUGUGUGGAGGUGGCGCUGGAGGAGCGUGCCGCGCCUGCCAGGCCCCGGACGGUGCCCAAACGUCAGAUCGAGCUUCGCCCCCGGCCCCGGAGUCCCCCGCGGGAGGCCAGCGCGCCGCCCCCGCGACUGUUCCUGCGCACCGGCUCCCUGGACGAGUCUCUGGGCCGCCUGCAGGCCGCCGCGGACCUCGUGCAGACGGCGCUGGCCAGAAAACUGAGCCCCGCGACCCCUGCCCCAAGCAGCGCCACCUUCGGACCCACGUUUCCGCCAGAGCCUGCGGCCCCGGAAACGCCCCGCAGUACUCGAGUGGCCCUGAAAGAGGCCAGGUCUCGGCCACCUCGUGUGCAUUAUAGUUCAGCCCCCGCCAGGGCCCCACGACCGUGGCCUAGCCUCCGUGAGCGCGCAAUUCGGCGCGACAAGCCCGCGCCCGGGACCGAGCCGCUGGGUCCAGUUAGUUCCAGCAUCUUCCUGCAGUCUGGGGAGAAGAUCCAGGAGGCGCACCACCAGGAACCCAAGACUCGGUUCCCGCGAGAGACUCCGGAUCGAACCGUCCUGAAGGCACAGAGUCCGUCUUCCCAGUCUAGGGCCCCCCGGGAGGUUUCGAGUAAGGCUGUGAGACCAAGGAGCCCAUCCCCACUGUGGCAAGCCCCAAAUGGGACCGUGCGGGGUCCUCGCUGCUCCUCGCCCCAGAACCUGUCCCCGUGGAAUAGGGCUAUCCGGAAGGUGAGUGGCCCGUCGCUCCCCGAGGCAUCCUCCGCAUGGGGAAAUCAGGAUGCUGCUGUCACGGAAACUGUCAGCAGAAAGAGCCCUUCCCCUCCGACCCUUUCCCAGUGGAAUCGGGGUGUUGCCAGUGCAAGAAACCCAUCCCCCGAAGCUCCUUCCUCGUGGGAGGUUCCGCAUCCGGCAGUUGGGGAUACAGUUGAGGGGAGUAGGAGCCCGUCCCCGCCAAACUUGUCCUCAUGGGAGACUCCAGAUCGUCCUACUGGGACGUGGAGCCCAUCGCCCCAAGAGACGUGGGACUCCACGGUGCAGAGCUCAGCGGUAGUGUCUACGCGGGAAGCUAUGAAUGGCGUAGCCCAGGAGGAACUGGUGCCACCCACGCCAUCUGCACCCGGGACUCCAGAGCUAACAGAGGCGCAGAGUCCGUCCACGCGGGAGAUGCCGGAUCUUGCCUUCCGAGGCAGCCAGCUGUCGCCAGCGGUGGCUGCACCCCAGCUGCCCCUCAGUCGCCUCGUGGGCACCCUGGAUGCCGACGCGCGCCCGGAAGCCUUGGGUUCUGGAGAAGCGACCUCGGGACGCCCGCGCGUGGCCAUUCCGCGGCCCCGCGACGUGCGCAAGAUGGUGAAGACCACAUACGCGCCAAGCUUCCCGGCAAGCACCCCAGGCUCAGGGCUGCCUGCGCCUCCUGCGGAACCCCGCGGGGAGGAAGGCGGCGCAUCCAAGACACAAGAGCUUCAGGCGCUGGGGGCCCCCGCCCCGGCUCACUACACUUCCGUUUUUCUCAAGGACUUUCUACCGGUCGUGUCACACCCCUACGAGACCCCAGAGCCAACCGCAGACACAGUCCCCCGGGACGUUACGCAGCCCAACGGGGUCCUGCGGCGUAGGGCAGAGAACAGCACGGCGAAACCCUUCGCGCGCACUGAGAUCCGCCUGCCUGGUGCCUUGGCCUUAGGCCGCCGGCCGGAGGGAACCCAGGGAGUCGUGGUGCGCGGUCCUGGCGGAAAGAACAGGGAUGCAGAGCCCCAGCGCCUGGUCCCCGACGACAAGGGUCGUACCAGCCCUCUAGGCGGCGCUCGCACCUCACCCCAGAAGUCGCCGAUAGGGCCGGCAGGGACCCAACCUCCCGGACCGCCCCGCCCCAGCUCCCCGCAGGCGUACCCUAGCUCGAGCCCUGGAAUAGCACCGAAACAGAAGACGCCACCUAUGGCCCCUGAGCCCGCGGUUGCGGUCCAGUCGCCCCUCCCGCGGGAGCCCCAAGCGUCCGCUGGCAGAGCGGCCCCGCCCCAGGCCCGCGCCGCCUCGGCGCCUCCCAUGGACCGGUCCCCGGAAGGCCCCUCCCAGGGGGCGCGCAGGCCGCCCGGGGCCGCGCACCCGGGGAAGGUCCUGGUGGACCCAGAGAGCGGCCGCUACUACUUGGUGGAGGCGUCGAGGCAGCCUCGGCUGCGGCUGCUCUUCGACCCCGAAAGCGGGCAGUACGUGGAGGUGCUGCUGCCACCCUCGCCCUCGGUGCCACCCCGCCGCGUCUACACCCCGCUGGCCCUGGGCCCCGGCCUCUACCCGCCGGCCUAUGGGCCUAUCCCUGGCCUCUCACUGCCACCAUCCCCGGGCCCGCCGGCCUUCAGCGGCCCCCAGCUACCCUGGGCCUCCGAGGCGGGGCCCCUGGACGGGAUGUACUACCUGCCAGUGAGCGGGACCCCCAGCCCCGCGCCUCCUCUGCUCCUCUGUGCUCCACCCUCCAGCUUGGGUCCCGCCCAGACGAGCAAGGGCUCCUUGUUCCCCGUGUGA